UCUCCAUCUCUCACCACCUGUAGCCCUGUUCGCGUCUUUGAUGAAGUUUUAGUACAGACGCCACGAUGGGACUUUGUAACUUUGGGGGUGCUGUGUUAAGUGUGCUGUUGCCCUUCCUGAUCUGCAGAGCCGUGAACUGUACAACCGCGAGGUAUUCCACCCACGAAGAGGACGCGCCGGGAACAGAAAUAGGAAAUCUAUCGCGAGAUCUGAAUAUCGACCCAGCCGAGGACCCCCAGACGUCUUUUCGGUUCAUGCAGGAGACAAAAGACUCAGCCAUCGAGAUGAGGGAGAGGGACGGACUUCUGAGUGUCGGGGGGGAGACCAUCGACCGGGAGCAGCUCUGCCCGGGGGCCCCCCGCUGCCUCCUCUCCUUCGACAUCGUCGCGUUCUCCAAGGAGAAGUUCCACCUGAUCCACGUGGAGGUCGAGUUGCUGGACAUCAACGACCACUCGCCCGGGUUCCUGCGCAACGAGACGCGUCUGGAGAUCCUGGAGAACUCCCCGCUGUUCUCCAGGUUCCAGCUGGAGGCGGCCAUCGACCUGGACGUGGGCCUCCACUACAUCCAGAGCUACAACAUCACCGACAGCUCGCACUUCAUCCUCGAGGACCGCGUGCGGGACGACGGCUUCAAGUUCGCCGAGCUCGUGCUAGUCAAGGAGCUGGACCGAGAGGUGGAGGACCGCUACACCCUCGAGCUGACGGCCACGGACGGCGGGGUGCCGCCCCGGUCCGGCUCGGUCACGGUGCACAUCACGGUCCUCGACUUCAACGACAACAGCCCCAUCUUUGACCUCUCCUCGCUCAGAGUGGAGCUGCUCGAGGACGCGCCCGUGGGCCACCGCGUGCUCAGAGUCCGCGCGCACGACCCCGACCAGGGCGUCAACGGCGAGGUGACGUACGCGUUCGUGGACGGCCCGCUCUCCGAGACCAUGCGCGUGUUCCACCUGGACGCGGUCACCGGCGACGUGACGUUGAAGUCCAUGGUGGACUUCGAAAAGAGACGAUCUUACGAGUUCAACAUCCGGGCCUCCGACUCGGGGGUGAACUCCGUCCCGUCCACCUGUAGAGUGCUGGUGGACGUCGUGGACGUGAACGACAACGCACCGGAAAUCACGAUUAAGCCAAUGAAGUCGACCAGCGACGGCGUGGCCCUGAUCACGGAGGCAGCCGCGACGGAGAGCUUCGUGGCGCUGAUCAGCACCCUGGAUAGGGACUCGGGCCCCAACGGCCGCGUGCACACGAGCCUGCACGGACACGCGCACUUCAAGCUGCAGCAGGCGUACGGCGACGCGUUCAUGAUCGUCACCACCACGACGCUGGACCGGGAGAAAGUCCCGGAGUACAACCUGACGGUGGUGGCGGAGGACCGUGGCAGCCCGCCGUUCAGGACCAGCCGGCAGUACACCAUCCGCGUGGGCGACGAGAACGACAACGCGCCGCUGUUCAGCCGCGCGCUCUACGACAUCUCCGUGCUUGAGAACAACGUGCCCGGCUCCUACAUCGCCACGGUGGUCGCCCGGGACUCCGACACGGGGCCCAACGCCCGCGUCUCCUACAGCCUGCUGGACUCGGAGCUCCCCGGGGGCGCGGGCCGCGUGUCCGGGUACGUCUCCAUCGACCCGCUCUCGGGCUCUCUGUACAGCCUGCGCUCCUUCGACCACGAGGCCCUGCGGGGGUUCGAGCUGAGGGUGCGGGCGGAGGACCACGGCGCGCCCCCCCGCGCCGCCGCCGCCGCGGUCCGGAUCCGCGUGGUCGACCAGAACGACAACACGCCCUACUUCAGCGCCCCCGUCCUGCGGAACGGCACGGCGGACGUCCCGCUGGCGGCCCGCGCCCCCGCCGGCCACCUGGCGCUCCGCCUCCGGGCGCGGGACGCCGACCAGGGGGUCCACGCCGCGCUGACCUACCGCCUGGUGCGGGGGGACGCCUCGCUCUUCAGCGUGGACGCCCGGACCGGCGAGGUGGUGCUGCGGCGGCGGCUGCAGGCGGCCGUCGGCGAGGCGCUGGAGCUGGGCGUCGCCGUGAGCGACGGGGGCGGGAACCCCCGCACGGCCCACGCCGCCCUCUGGCUGGUGGUCUCGGAGGCGGAGCCCUCGGGGGAUCGAGCGCUGGUGGCCGUGGCGUCCGGCGGCGGCGGCGAGGAGGACUCGCCCCCGGGGCUGGACGGCUCGCUGGUGGUCAUCGUGAUGCUCAGCGGCGGCUGCGCCCUGCUGCUGGUCGCCAUAGUGAUCGUCAUCGUCACCUUCCGGCUGAACCGCGGCGGCGCUCGAGCGCCCGGCGCCAAGGGCGAGCCGUGGCGGGCGGGGCUGUUCGACGGCCGGUCCGCCCCCCCGUUCGACGGGAGUGCGUUCGGGGGCCGGCGGGGGCCGUCCCCGCACGGAGACGCUUCAUCUCUGGACGACUGCGGGCAGUACGAGGAGGGGAGCCGCGACUCGGAGACACAGAUGGUGCUGCCCUCCAGACCCCCCUUCCACCCCGCCCCCGCCUGGCAGGGAGACCAGUACUGCUUACAAGUCAGCGGCCACACGGACCAGUUCAGCGUGAAGGACAGCGGGAAAGGAGACAGCGACUUCAACGACAGUGACUCGGACCUGGGCGGGGACACGGCCAGGAAGCACUUCAGCACCUUCCAAACCACGCCCAGGACCGCGGUUAAUGUGGCGGACACACCGACGGCUGAUUGGCUCAGCACUUCCAGCGCCGACCCCGGUCACGGCGCCCGGGCCGGAGCGGGCCCCGCCCCCUGCACCUCCUACACCGUGGGCUUCUCAUCAGCCGCAGUCUACAACCAUCCCCACGCCUUCCUUCACACCUGGAAGAGCUCGGGCUACGGCGCCGUCCGCCCGCUGGCCGGGACCGGCAGCGCGGACACGCGGGGCUGCGCGCCUGCGCCCGGGACCCUUCCAUCCUACUUUGUUCAGCACCAGCAGCUGAGGAGAGAGGCCCCCCCCCCCCCCUCCGUGUCUGCGGAGGCCUCUGUGGUGUAG